ACCAGUCGUCUUCUUCAUCCCUCCAAAGGAUGAGGACGCCCUUUGUUUUGGGACAUUAGGGUUUAAGACAGCUGCUUUAGUAUUCUCCUCAGCUGAUUAAACCCUAAAACAUUUCAACUCAUGAGGGCCAAAGAAGCAUUUUUCUGGGCAGUUCUUAGAAGAACAAUCCAAUCUCCGAGGCAAGAAAUCUUUUAUUCACGUUUUUCUUGAAAACAAUUGAUUCCUGAUAUUUAAUUCAAGGUGUUAAUUCUUGUUAUGAUGAGUCUACUUGUACGCAAGAGUCUAACUUGUUUGAAUUUCAAGAAUUCCUCUUUUCUCCGUCAAUCCCAUGUUUCUCUGUCUCAUUAUUUCUGUACCAAGAGGGAAACCCAACAUGUAGAUACCCCCACAGUUUCUGAGUUCUUGUUGCACAAGUACCAUUUCUCUCCUGAAGCGGCUUCUCAAGUUGCCUCCGUUCUACCUAGGCUUAAGAACACAGAGAAAUCCGAUUCAGUUCUGUCAUUCCUCAAAGAGAGUGGAUUUUCGGGCACCCAGUUGGAGAAAAUAGUGAAAUACAAGCCUGAGUUCCUCUUGGCAAAUCUUGAGAAGGUUAUCAAGCCCAAAAUAAAGAUUUUCCUAGAUUUCGGCUUUUCAGCUGAUGAAAUUGCUGAGAUUGUCUCGAAAGAACCGUUGGUUCUGCAUUGUAGCGUGAAAAACAGACUCAUCCCUUCGUUAUCUGCGCUGAAGGGCGUUUUGGGAUCCAAAGUUGAUUUGGCUAAGGUAUUGAAGAGCUCUGGGUGGAUCUUGGUAAGAGAUCUGCAAAAGACUUUGGUACCAAAUGUUGAGUUCUUGAAGAGCUGUGGCAUACCAUUUGAGCAGAUUGUUAGGCUCAUUCCUACGUUUCCAAGGUUUUUCUUGCUUAAGCCGAAAAUUAUGAGGAAAUCUGUUGAAAAGGCUGAUCAGAUGGGUGUUGAUAGGAGUUCCGGUAUGUUUAUUUAUGCUGCUCGGGUAGUCAGUUCGAUGAGCAACGAGAGUUGGGAACUCAAGUUGAAGGCCUUUCGGGAUUUGGGCUUCUCGGAAGAUGACAUAUUGAGGGUGUUCAGGACUGCACCUAUGGUGUUUUCCGUAUCGACGAAGAAGCUAAAGAAGAUAACUGAGAUUUUGCUUGAGACUGGGAAGUAUGACAUGUCGUGUAUUAUGAACACCCCAACUUCAUUGUUGUACAGUGUCGAGAAUAGGUACAGGCCGCGGCUGCAAGUCUUGGAGGUUUUAGAAAAGAGGAAUCUGAUUAAAAAUUGGCCUGCUCUUGGUACAGUAAACCUUACAUCAGAUAAGAAGUUCUUUGAGAAAUUUGUUGCCCCUUAUUUAGAUGAAGUUGGUGAAAUAUACACUGGAAAGAAUGUACAAAAGGGGCGAUGAAACUUGCUUGAAGUGGUAAUUGAACAGAAUAUAGUGUAAAGGUCCUGAUAUGGAUGAAGCAGUAAGAUACCGAGCCUGCCGUGCAUGUGAAUCUCAACUGUACUCCUAGCUGUUAGAACUUUCACCUGCAGUUUUGGCUUCUUCAUCUGAUUCAAGCAAACGUCUGGUUCAAUUCAAAAGUUCAAAUCUUUCUUUGCUGCUAAAAAUUUAUCAGCUGCGCCGUGUGCCGAUCUCUGCUUUCACCUGCAGUCUCUGUGAUGAAG